UUUUGAUAACCACGAGCGAGUUCUGUGCAAUUCCACGCCGGUUGCAAUCGUUACAGCAUUACUGUGCAGGUUUCAUAUUCUAAUUUCUUGUUUGAAACGCACAAUAAAUCAUGACAAAUCUGGAGGUCAUCGUGGAAGAUUUAUCUGGCAAUCCAUGUUGUCAACAUGGACCAACUGUACUCUUCCACAGAACAGAUCAAAAUAAUGCAACUAUUGAAAAAUACUACGCUUGUACGGCUAGUCGCGAUGGUAAAUGUCCCUUUAAGGUCGGUGCAUCGACAAAGGUUACACACGAUAGCGUCAACGUUCCUGAGGAGAAAUCAACUAAAAAUUAUGAUGCAGUACGAAACAGCGCCAUCUCACAAAAAAUAUACUGCAUACAAUGUCAGCAGCUGUUCCUAAAAUGCAACGCAGAAGAUCACAAAAACCACAAACUGUUCGACAAGCUAUCAAAAGAUGUCCUCCGACAACCGACGAGAUUUCUGGCACCGCUAAGCAUGGAUGGAAACGAGGCACAAUACUUCUUCAGUGAUUCCUCUUUGGCCUGCAUAGAGCACAUGCUGAAACAGCUCAACGUUACUAAAGUGAUCUGCCUGGGAGCUCCAAGGCUGCAUGAGCAUCUGCUUGUAAAAACUGACAUCACAUCAUUGUUGCUGGACAUUGAUAUACGAUUUCACUGGUUCUAUGACCAGUCUCAGUAUUUGUGUUACAAUAUGUUCAAUCAUUUCUUUUUCGGAGGGAAAACGGCGGAAACUAUAUUCAACGACUAUCUGAAGAUUAACAAAUCUGCCGAACAAAUAUGCAUCUUUACUGACCCACCAUUCGGCUGCCGUACAGAAUUGCUAGCUCACACCAUCGACCGUAUUAAUCAGACGUACAAUUCAGUCAACCUGUUCGUUCAGCAAAUCUUGCCAACGUUUUGGAUAUUUCCAUACUUUAUGGAAACAUACAUAAAAAAGCAAAUGCCUUCCAUGGAGAUGAUUGACUACCAAGUAAAUUACACCAAUCACCGGACUUAUCACAGCGGUGAAAAGGGUUUGAAACAUGGAUCACCAGUGCGGAUUUUCACCAAUGUGCCUUUGGAUCUACUACAGCUACCCGCCAACGAGGGCUACAAAUGGUGUUCGGAGUGCCAAAGAAGUGUUCAUAGAACUAAUCUACAUUGUCGUGUAUGUAGAAAAUGUCCAUCAAAAAACGGCUCAACUUACCGUCAUUGCAAAAAGUGCAAUUGGUGUGUGAAACCAAAUUACGUCCACUGUACCACAUGUGGUAGAUGUACUCAGGUGCAGGGACACAAUUGUUCGUCGUACAGAAAACAGCUAAACUGUCGUAUUUGCUUAAAAAAAGGACACACGGAAAAAGGUUGCCACUUUUGGCGAUUGUUUAAAGCCUGCAAAAUAGCGAAAUCUGGGUGUAUCGUUUGCGGUAACACACAGCAUACUGUUAUAGACUGUGAUGAAAGAAAACGGCUUCUUAAUGAGAAUUAUUUUCUUGGCCAUUAUGAUAAUAAAAUGAACCGCGUUGAUUAGAAA